GGGGAAUCUGCUGGGGAGGACGAGGACGAUGAUGAAGAAUAAGAAGAAGAGUGGCGGAGAGGAGGAUGAUACCCAAACUUCGGAACGAGAACCGGACGGGACAUACAGAGGCCUGGCGAAUCAGGCGAGUUACAUACAAAAGAACCCGAACGCGCCGAAUCGCAAGGUUGGGCCGAUCAAGGCGCCGAGCAAUAUCAGGACGAUUACGAUUACUGAUAUGGCGCCUGAUGUUUGCAAGGACUACAAACAAACCGGCUUUUGCGGCUUCGGCGAUAACUGCAAAUUCCUCCACGCCCGCGAAGACUACGCCCACGGCUGGCAACUCGACAAAGAAUGGGAGAACGUCACCAAGGGCAAGAAAAACCUUCAGGGCACCAUUGUCGCCAGCGCCGACCGCAAAAAAAAGAAAAACGAAAAAGAUGCCGCCGACGAAGACGACGCCGAAGCAGCCGAAGAAGCCCUCCUAGAAAACAUCCCCUUCGCGUGUAUCAUCUGCCGCGGUCCUUAUUCAAACUCGCCCGUCGUCACGCGCUGCGGGCAUUACUUUUGCGAAGCGUGCGCGCUGAAAAGGUAUCGUAAAGACCCCAGCUGCGCGGCGUGCGGGGCCGGGACGAACGGGGUGUUUAAUGCGGCCAAGAGGCUGGCGAAGUUGUUGGAGAAGAAGAGGGCGAGGGCGGAGAGGUUGAGGAGGGAGGCGAGGGAGAUGGGGGAGGAGGUUAGUGAGGAGGAGGAGGAGGAUGGGGAAGAGGAGGAGGAGGAUGGGGGGAGUGAUUGAGGCGGA